CUGUUCAGCUGUUGCUCUGCACACGUGCGCUGAGAAGUAUUCUCUAUUGCUAUUUGAUUUUUGCCUAUUUUUGGACCAAAAAUGAGUGACGACGAGGAGCACUACGAACCGAGGGCACACAAGAAGCUGCUGCAGGCCAUUGGCAGUCUGGGCAAGGUGCAGCACAUCCAGAAGUCCACCCGCGACGAGCGCCAGUCGCGUCAGGAUGAGUUCCAGCUGGUCAAGAGCGUGUCGUCGGCGGAAUUGGAGCGGGCACCCAGGGCGGUGGGUCUGAAUGACCUGGUGGAUAUCCUGCGCACCUCCAAGCACAGCCAGACGGGCAAAAAGCUCAAGAACGUCCAGGGCAGCAAGAAGGUGUUGAAGAAGCCUCUGGAGAAACCGGCAGCGGAUCGCAUCAAGCGGACCAUUGGCUACGAGGGAGUGACCAAGAAGCUGGGUCGUUGGGACGCAGUGGUAGCCCAACAGCGGUCGGCAGAGACGCAGAUCUUUCCCUUGCCCUCUGAGACGAUUUACGUGAACACCUCGGCGAGUGCCCGUCCCCUAAACACACGGAUUAAAUCCAAUCUUGCCAGGGAACUCGAGGCCAGCAACCGUAAGCUACGUGAGCUGCGCAAGGCGCAAAUUGGCGACACCACGGAUGAGAAGGAGCUCGCCAAACAGGAGCGCAUUCUCCACCAAAAGAAGCUCACCCGGGAUGAGCUCUUUGCCCAUCGCAAGGAGUUGGCCUACUUGAAGAUGCGCGAGUCCCAGAAAUCAGCUAAAGCCCGCAUGCAAAACAAAAUCAAGUCCAAAAAGUUCCACAAGCUGCAGAAGCGCCAAAAGAUGUUGGAGCAGAUGAAGGAGUUUGAACUGCUGCAGAAAACCAACCCAGAGGCGGCGCUAGAGAAGCUCAACGCUUUGGAGAAAAGUCGAGUGCAAGAGCGCGCCAGCCUGCGACACAAGAACACAGGCACAUGGGCUAAGAAUCUGCAAGUUCGUGCCAAAUACGACAAGGAUGUGCGUAAGGACCUGGCCGAGCAGUUGGCUGUUAGCAGGGAGCUGACCCAGAAAAAGCAGGAGUCCGACAGCGAGGAGGAAACAAGCAGGAAGAGAGCGGCUCCUGAGGAGGAAGAGAAUGACUACGAUCCUUUCAAUCCUUGGACAAAACGAAAAACAGCGGUGGAAGCUGAAAACGGCAAAGGCGAAAAUGAGGAUUCCAAUUGGCGACAAUAUUGGACGAAGCGGAACCGAAACGAAAAGCUUUUAGAGGAGCAUCGCAGGGAAAUGGAAGAGGAACUGCAGCAUGAUGAAGAUCAGGCGGUGGAGGAGGAAGAAACUCCGGAGCCAUCAAGCAAAGCUAAACCUGCCAAGAAAAGCGUUAAAAAAUCCAAAGUUAAAAUUGAGAAUGGUUGGCAAGUAGAAGAAAUUGAGCGAACUGAACCUGAAAAGCUCAAAGGAAAAUCGAACACUAAGUCCAUUGAUGAUAUUUUUGAGGAGCACGAGGACCAAGUGAGAGCCAAGCUUAGUGAGAAGAUGGAAACUUUGAAGGAACGCGUAAAUAAACUUAAGGCAGCCCCCGUCAAAGGAAAGAAGGCGAAAAAGAAGGACGCUCUGCAGAACCUCAAAAGUCUGGCCCUAAAAAAAGCAAAUCAGCAGGUGGAGAUUGACGAGCCCCUAAAUUAUGAGGAGAAUGUGGAUCUGCAGAAGAAAAUCCCAGACCAAUCAGAGGAUAAUCCAGAAAUCAAGGUGACGCCUGCUGUGGAUACUAUAGACCCAAACAAGGUGACAACUCUAGUGGUUACCCAAAAAAAGACCAUCUCGGGUGGCAUCAAUGAUGCUCUGAUAGACGAUGAGGAGGCAGAAUACGAUGAAGAAGACGCGGCAACCGAACGCCAGUUGACUAUUAGUCAGGCCUUCGAGGACGACGAUAUAAUUGCUGAUUUUAACCGGGACAAGACCAAGGACUCUGAGCUGAAGAACACGGAGCUUCAGUUGGCCCUGCCUGGAUGGGGUUCCUGGGCCGGUGCCGGCAUUUCCCAGGCGGUGAUGGAGCGCCGUAACAAGCGACUCCUUCUCAAGCUAGCUGCUCCGGAAAAGCGACGGGACGAGAACAAGGAUAACCUCUACCUUAACGAGUCGGCCAGCAAAGCAGCGCGCGAGCACAUGGUCUCCAGCCUCCCUUUCCCCUUUCGAUCCCUUGCAGACUACGAGGCCAGCAUCCGGGCCCCAAUUGGGCGGAACUUUGUGCCGGAGACGGCCUUCCGGAUGCUGACCCGCCCUUCGGUCAUCACGCGCAAGGGUCAGGUCAUCGAGCCCAUGACGGAGAGCGAGCUAGUCAAGCCAGACAGACGUCUGCGUCACAUUGUGGACAGGAGAAUAAAACGCAUACCGAAGGUUCCCCCCAAGGCGAAGAUAGCUUAAUGUUAGGACUAGACUUACGAAUAAAUUGGAUACAAAUUAAAACAAA